GAGCCAGCUGCCAGUGAUGAAAAUUUAAGUAACUUUGGCAAAUACAAAUAUGAAAUUAACCAUUUUGUUUAUCGUGAUGCACUUGCUGGUGCUGCUGGCCAUUCGGGCGAACGACCUUCCGCUGGAUCAGCAGGCGAUGGCAGCCCGUCUGCAGGAGCUGCAGAGGGAGGUAGCCCAUCCGUGGAGCACCCCAUGUAUACGCAAUUGCCUGGCGGAGAAGGGCAGCCUGGUGGAUCGACCAGGCGAAUGUCAGCAGGCCGUGGAGCAAUUCGACUGUACACUGUACUGCAUGUUUGAGGCCGAGGCGCGCUAUUAAGCCAUAAAGUAUCAAGGACAUCACGAGGAAUAUCCGCAAGGCUGUUGUGGCCACCACGCUUUCGGAGUUGCGGGUAAAGGUGUCGGUGAAAUUUGAGCGAGCUCAGCCGGCGAUUCACCUGGA